AGCAGUGGCCUGAAUGAGAGCAGGCAUGAGUUUGAGACACUGAACAAGAAGCCGACACAAGACGGAGUCUGCUGAGAUCUUUCAACGUCUCGGAGCGACACAGAACUUCUCUCUGAAAGACCUUUAAAGGAGCAAGCAGGAUGUCUUCAGCGAAGGGAAUAUCCAUUGGCAUUGAUUUGGGGACCACCUAUUCUUGCGUUGCGGUUUUCCAACAUGGCAAAGUGGAGAUCAUCGCCAACGACCAGGGCAACAGGACAACUCCCAGCUAUGUGGCCUUUAGCGACACAGAGAGGCUCAUUGGAGAUCCUGCAAAGAACCAGGUUGCCAUGAACCCCACCAAUACAAUAUUUGAUGCCAAGCGACUAAUCGGAAGAAAGUUUAAUGACUCCAUCGUCCAGUCCGACAUGAAACUUUGGCCUUUCAAGGUGAUCGAUGAUAACGGAAAGCCCAAAGUUCAGGUGGAGUAUAAAGGUGAAACCAAAAACUUCUACCCCGAGGAAAUCUCGUCAAUGGUCUUGGUUAAAAUGAAGGAGAUAGCCGAGGCCUACCUGGGACAAAAGGUUUCAAAUGCAGUCAUCACAGUGCCAGCUUAUUUCAAUGAUUCUCAGAGGCAAGCCACUAAGGAUGCUGGAGUGAUCUCUGGUCUGAAUGUUCUGAGGAUCAUCAACGAGCCCACAGCAGCAGCGAUUGCCUACGGCUUGGAUAAAGGUAAAAGAGAAGAGCGCAACGUGCUCAUCUUUGAUCUCGGUGGAGGCACCUUCGACGUGUCCAUCCUGACCAUUGAAGAUGGCAUCUUUGAGGUAAAAGCCACUGCAGGAGACACACACCUUGGUGGAGAGGACUUUGACAAUCGGAUGGUCAGUCACUUCCUUGAGGAAUUUAAAAGAAAAUACAAGAAAGACAUUAGCCAAAAUAAGAGAGCAGUUAGGAGACUGCGCACCGCUUGUGAGAGAGCGAAGAGGACCCUGUCCUCAAGCACCCAGGCUAGCAUUGAAAUCGACUCCCUGUUUGAGGGCAUUGACUUCUACACCUCCAUCACAAGGGCACGCUUUGAGGAGCUCAACUCAGAGCUCUUCAGGGGAACACUGGAGCCAGUGGAGAAAGCCCUACGAGAUUCUAAGAUGGAUAAGUCCAAGAUCCAUGAAAUCGUCCUGGUUGGUGGCUCCACAAGAAUUCCAAAAAUCCAGAAGUUCUUGCAAGAUUUCUUUAAUGGCCGAGAAUUGAACAAGAGUAUCAACCCAGAUGAAGCAGUGGCUUAUGGUGCAGCAGUCCAGGCUGCCAUCCUCAUGGGUGACACUUCGGAGAACGUCCAAGAUCUGCUGCUGCUGGACGUGGCUCCCCUGUCUCUGGGUAUUGAGACUGUUGGUGGAGUCAUGACUCCGCUAAUCAAACGCAACACCACUAUUCCCAGCAAGCAAACCCAGAUCUUCUCCACCUACGCUGAUAACCAGCCUGGUGUGCUAAUUCAGGUAUAUGAGGGGGAGAGAGCCAUGACCAAGGACAAUAACCUCCUGGGCAAGUUUGAGCUCGCUGGUAUCCCUCCUGCCCCCCGAGGUGUACCACAGGUGGAGGUUACUUUCGACAUUGAUGCCAACGGCAUUCUGAACGUUUCCGCCGUCGACAAAAGCACCGGCAAAGAAAACAAAAUCACCAUCACCAAUGACAAGGGCCGCCUCAGCAAACAGGAGAUUGAGCAGAUGGUACAGGAUGCUGAUAAGUACAAGGCCGACGACGACCUGAAGAGGGACACGAUUUCAGCAAGGAACUCACUGGAGUCUUACGUAUUCAACAUGAAGAGCAGUGUCGAGGAUGACAGUAUGAAAGGGAAGAUUCAGGAGGAGGAUAAAAAAGUUGUCAUUGACAAGUGCAAGCAGACAAUUUCCUGGCUGGAGAACAACCAGCUGGCAGAGAAGGAAGAGUAUGAGCACCAGCAGAAAGAACUAGAGAAGGUGUGCAAUCCCAUUGUGACAAAGCUGUACCAGGGAGCAGCACCACCACCAGGAUGCAGCAGCGGCUAUGCAGGAGGCAACGCUCAGGGUCCCACUAUUGAGGAGGUGGACUAAUAUGAAUGUCAGCAUUUUCAGCAAUGUCAGCCACAUAUCAGCAGUGUUGUGCAAGUUCACACCUCUCAUGAACUCGUUCAAAGUUCAGUUCAUACAAGUAAUAAUGAAUAGUUCACGUUCAUAGUUCACCAUUUAAAUUCUGAACUAGUUCAUAGUUCAGUUAAUUUCAUAGUUUUAAGGUGAAAAGUGAGAAUGAAAGACUUAACUUGUUAAAGAAAACCUUAUCCAUCACUACCCCUUGCCUUUACUGUCGGUAUCUUUAUCAGACAGUUUGUAAAAAUCCCUCUUUGCUUUCUCUUGCAAUCUGUACAUGAGACCAAGAGCUGUUUCCUGUUUUUAUAUUUAAUAAAUUAAAAUUUACAUAGUGUAAGAUAUUUCGCAAUUGAUAGGAGAAAUAUUGCCUAUUUUAAGAGUUCAGUAUAUUGCCAGCUUGAAGAUGGGAAAGAGCGGGAUUUAAACCCGGGUCUCUCUUGUUGAAGAGCGACCACUCUACUGACUAGGCCAAAGCACCUAAUAUUUGCCAUGAGGAACUAAGCACCCUAUUCUACACUGCCUUCAUCGAGUCUGUUCUCUGCACAAUCAUAAUUGUCUGGUUUGGAUCUGCCACCGAAUUGGAUAAAAAUAGACUCAAACAGACAGUCAGUUCUGCAGGAAAAAUCAUCGGUUCCAACCUGCCCACCAUCCAGGACCUGUACACAUCCAGAGUCAGGAAACGGGCAGGAAAAAUCACUGCAGACCCCUCUCACCCUGGACACAACCUUUUCUAACUCCUCCCCUCUGGUAGGUGUACAGAUCUCUGUUCACCAAAACCACAAGACACAAAAACUGUUUCUUCCCCCUCGCCGUCUCACUUCUGAACAGACAACCCACUGUGGCACUGUGCAAUAACUCUGGAUCCUUAUAAUAACCACUGUACAGAAAUUAUAUUAUGUUAUAUAUAAUAUUUUGUUUUGUUUUGUUAUGUUUGUUUUGUGAUGUGCAUUCUUUGUAAGCAACUGAGAGCCACUUUACCGAGUCAAAUUUCCUGUUUGUGCAAACUUACUUGGCCAAUAAACCUGAUUCUGAUUCUGAUGGACAAAUUAA